AACAGGUUGACUGGCUUCCACUAAUGAUUUCAGUUUAGUCGACGACCGACAACGAUACGAACACGAAUCACUUGUUGUAGUUUCCGCGUGAGAAUUACAGAGCAGAUUCAAACGAUCAACAAAUCUAAAUAUUUGACGAAAAAAAUGGUGUCCGUGGAGACAGUUGGUUCUAUUUUCAUCAAGGCCCUGAAGCUGAUCAUCAACUUGGUGAUCAUCUUUCUGUAUCGUUGGGGCGAUGGCGGAGAAUUCCUGGGUAUCGGAGGCACUUGGAACUUGAACGAGGAGAAGAGCGCGGAUGCGGAAAUUGUGGCUUCUGGAGUGAUGGUUGGAUUCCUGAUCUACACAGGAUGUCAUACGAUUGCCUAUGCCUUUGGAACUACCAAGCACAAGGGAGAACUCUGUGACACCAUCAUGAACGUGGUUGGCACCAUCAUGUGGAUCGCCGUGGGCGGAGUGGCUCUCCACUACUGGAAGGGAUACAUGUCCGACGAGGGAUUCCUGUACGUGAACUCGGAACGCCAGGUGGGCAUUGCCAUGGGAUCGCUCUGCGUGAUCGAGGGUGCCCUGUAUCUGCUGGAUACCGUUCUGGCCUGCAUACACUACUCCAAGGGCGACACCGACUACACGCAGUAGAGGAGGUCCGUUCAGGUGGAGAUCAGCAAUCGCCGAAUAAACACAUUAUACAUUUUUCCUAAUACUUAGAAGAUUGAUUUAAGUUCAAAUUAGUUUUUAUCCGCAAUCGUAAGGGUCCCAUGUCGUUGUACUUUAAAUAACUAACUAACUCUUUAACUAUUCCAAUCACUAUUUACACCUCAAGUUUGGCAAAUACAAAUAGUUAAGACCAAGCCAU